AUGCCCGUCACUUCCUCUUCCCCUAUCGAUAGUAUCACUGAGUCCCCGGACGUGGUCGCCUUACUCGACAAAGUCGCCUUACUCGAUCUUGAACGAAAAUGCGAGAAGAUGAAAGUUUGCGUGACCGGGAGUACUUCCAUGGUUGGCAGUCAUAUCGUUCGCAGGUUGCUUCGAGUUGGGCAUGUGGUGCACGCCCCGGUGAGAGGCCCCUUAACCGAGGAAAAAGUUGCAUUUCUCCACGCUAUGCCGGGUGCGAAGGAGCGACUGAAACUUUUCGAGGUGACGUCGUUGCUCGACGAAGGCACGUACGAUGAACCUGUAGCGGGGUGUGACGUGGUCCAACAUGUCGCAUCGCCGUUUUUUAUGGUCGGUUCCUCCGAACAAUUGGAGGAGAAACUCUUUGAUCCCGCUCUGAAAGGCGUUGAGAACGUGCUCUCGUCGUGUAGCAAGUCGAGUACGGUUAAGAAGGUAAUUCUUACGGGAACCGUGCUGACGACAGCGUGUGAUUUUACUCCGUCAUUUAAGAAUCCGAAUUGGACCGUAUCGGAGAAAAAUUGGGAGACUAACACUUCUAGGAAAGACUUUAGUUACGUGCACUCAAAGAUUUUGCAGGAGAAACGUGCGCAUGAGAUUUCAGAGAAGCAAUCUCAGUGGGAGCUCGUGGUUUUGCUCAUUGGCGGUAGUUUUGGGCCGAUGUGUUUCACCGAAGCCACCGGCGUUAACGCAAUGUUUUUGAAGCAAGUUCGCAUGGGACUUUUCUUUCCGGCGUGCCCGCCGCUCGGCUUUCCUAUGCAGGACGUGCGCGAUGUGGCGCUCAUGCAUUCUCUCGCGAUGAGCUCGCUAAAGGUAAAGGGCCGAUACAUAAUUCCGCAGCGCUUGGUCAUGUUCUUCGAGUUCUGUAACGUCCUCAAAAGCGAUAAACGCACCAAGAGAAUCAUGCUACCGCUGUUUGAGUUUCCCACCUUUUUUUUCAAGUCUCUGUUUAAGAUUGCGGCACCCCUCCUAGGUAUCGACAGUUUCGUUCCGCGCAAAAUGUGGGGAGGGUCCGUCAAGUUUGACCUCAGCAAGGUGUACGCUGACUUCGACCUCGACAAACAAGGCUACGAACCGCUGCACAUAAGAGAGUCCAUGGUGGACAUGGAUCUCACGUUUCAAAAGUAUGGCGUGAGUGCUUUCAGCCCGUCCCUCGCCCGCUACCGGUCGAUGAAAUCUAAAUAA